AUGGAGCAAUUGCGAGCACAUCGGACCAGGUUGAUGCAAGGAUCGCACGCUGGACUCACACCAGCGGAGACAGCUGAGCGCAGUGCCAGUCUACAACAGACGAGACGAAGAGAGGCUAUGAUCCAGGAUGCUUUGAGGUUGAGAGAAGUCCAAUUCCUCCGCGGUAUAGCUGCAGUCGUUUUGGAAGGGAUGGCGGAUCCAGUCUACUUUGUGACAGCAGAUAAUCUCGAAGCCCAUGGAGCGUCGGGAGGAACUGUUGAACCUAUACAGUCCAACGCAGCUCCACCCGACGAGGUGUUUAGUCUGGUGUCGGAACAUUAUUCUGAUGGGCGGCCCAACGACAAUCGCUUUGCAAAACCAUCGUAUGCUGGCAAACAAGCCACCUUACCACACGAGCCAUCCCCGAUCCCUCCAUCGAUGCUGGCCCAGGCACUCCACAAUUGCGAAGCAAUCAUAACAGCUCGAACCGAAGAGUUGCACGUCAUUCGCGACAACUACUUCAAGAGCCUCACCCGCUUCUUCUUCGCAAACUCCAGCAGGGUACAGGAGCAGCCAAUCCUCGAGGCAAUCAAAGAAGCUGAGUCGCGUCUCGAGGCAGCACGUAAUAAUAUGCGGGAAUGGAAUGCAGAGUACAACGUCACGCGCGUGCUGUCAGAUUCAAGCUUUGCAGGCAGGACUAGUGAUUUGAACACUGGAAGUGCAGAUGUGGUUGUUCGAGCGAAUGCACCAAACGUGAUCGACGCGGGCGACAUACGCACCUGGCAUUAUGCAAUCGCGAGAGACGCCGAGCCAAGUCAAGCUGGAGUCGAUAUUCCACCUUCGGAGCCUAGCAGUGCGACAGACGUUGAUUCUGCAGGAGGAUGGAGGAAUCCUGCUUUUGAUGUACAGGCGAUACCACGCGAUGACGAGGCCAAGGUCAAGAAGUGGAUGCAAAAGGCGAGGGAGCUAGGGUUUGCUAUUAGGUAG